UCGAUUUAAUUAUAGGUGUCCGUAUAUCAAUCCACAAUAUAUGUUUUUCGGGUUUUAGAAACCACAUAGCUAGAAGUUUUGUCAACGAAAAAGAGACAAUAUAGAAAUGAAGAGAGGUGAGGGAUUCAAUCAUGAACAAGAUAAUACCUCCAAGAAAAAUAAAAAAUUUCCGGACCUAGAAGAAGCAGCAGAAGAUGAUGAUGACGAACUUGAACCUAUGGAACAUGAUUCCUCUAGUACAAGUAGACCCGGAAAUGGAGCUACCUCAAGCAAUAGUACGGUUGAAGAGAGUGACAAGAAGACUAACUCAGCCUCGGGUUCUGUACGACCCUACGUUCGUUCAAAGAACCCUAGGCUACGCUGGACACCUGAACUCCAUCUCCGAUUUAUUCAUGCAGUCGAUAAACUUGGAGGCCAGGAAAGAGCAACACCCAAGUUAGUUCUUCAACUGAUGAACAUCAAAGGCCUUAGCAUCUCUCAUGUCAAAAGCCAUCUUCAAAUGUAUAGAAGCAAGAAGAUUGAUGAUUCAAAUCAAGAACAAGGGCUUGCUUAUGAAGGUGAUGAUCAUCAUAUUUACACCCUUAGCCAACUUCCCAUGCUCCAAAGUGUUACUCAAAAGUCAAUUACCAAUUUUAGAUAUUCAGAUGGAUUAUGGAGUCGUCAAAUGAAUCAAGCUGGUUAUAACCCUUUAAUCUAUGCACUUAGCCAUAAUGGUGUUUAUGGUUCAAGACCAGAGAGACUAAUCUUGGAAAGGAACAAAAACAAUUCUAAUUUGAAAUGUUUUGAUGUCAAUAAAACCGAUGGAUCCCAAUUAAGAUUAUUCGAAAACCAUGAUGCAUUAUUGUCAAGAGAAAACCAAAUCCGAAGCAAUAGGCAAUUGGAUUUUAUAAAUAAAGACGACAUAAUCAAUGAUCAAGACAAAACGGUAUUGAAAAGAAAGGCAAUCAAUCAACAAGAGCCGCAAAGUUUUGAUCUUGACCUGAAUCUUUCGUUGCAAAUCAAGGCCCGAGAAGAUGAUAAUACAAGAAAUGCUGAGGCCAAUGAGAACAGCUUAACGCUGUCAUUGGCUUCACCGAUUUCAAGGAAAAAUCCUAAUAAUUUAAGAAGAUCAUCAAAACAUGCAAAAACAAUGGGAGGCAGUAGUAGUACAACCCUGGAUCUGACUUUGUGAAAAAAACAAAGUGUGGGACUUCCGAUUAGUGAGAUUCUUCAAGCCUACUAUUAUCAAUUAAUCGAGGAUGGAACGGCGGUCAAGUCUCAAUAAAAUUGAAAUGUAUGUCGACAAAGAUUUACAUAAUACUUGUUACUGAUUUAUAUAUAGUUAUAUAGUUAAAGAUUCAAAAGCUAAAACAUGAA